CUGCGCAUGCGCGAGAAAUCUUCAGAGGGGGCAAAGCCCUUCGUCUAAUAAAACCGAUAGACAGUAAGAAUGGAAACAUUAUUUUGUAGUUCUCAUUUAACACAUUUGUGCCAAUUUCAAUAUUUUUACGUGGUGUCAUGUUAAUAUAAAAGUAGAAUUUUAUGAAAUAUUGUAUGUGACAUUUACAAUGCUACAAAGAUCCAACCAAAAAUUAAUUUUUAUGAUAUUUUACUUUAAAACAUAAGAAAGUGAUAGAUUCGAAUUCUAUGUGAUUUACAUGAAUGAGCACCGACAAGACUGAUUAUGAAACAAAAUAUAUUACUUUAAUUUAUGUAAUUACUUCAUUACUAAAUGCAAGACGAGAUUGUUAUUGAAAUUAACGGUAUUAUUAUAAACAAUCGGUUACUUGCUACUAGUUUUAUAAAAGAGAUUAAAGGACAUAAGUGAAAGUAAUUACAAUAUUAUACUAGCGUGAUCUAUAAAUGAUGCAGACGAUAUUUAUAGAAUUAUGACUUAUAAUUGGGUCAAUCAUUAAGAAAUUUACAAAUGCGGAAAGAUUAAAAAAUUUGUAAUACAUUUUUGAGCAGAAUCUUAUUAAUGAAAUACAUUAAAAUAAAUAGUGCGAGAUCAAGAUAUAAGUUUAUUUUAUUUCUAUAUAUACCAAAGAAUUAUUGCCAAGGUUUUUAUAUUAUCUCACUUCACAAUAAUUUUAAAAUACUGUGUAAAAUGCAGAUGUUAUAUAAUUUAUUCACCUAAUACGAAUAUAAGCAAAAAUUAUUUAAUAAAAAACGGAUUACGAAAUGAUUGCUAAGUAUGUUCUUUUAACAUAAGUGACUUUCAAUGUGAAUAAAAGUUUGUACAUAUGGGUUUUACAAAGAUAUUAAAACGUAUGCUAUAUGCAAAUUUUGCAUCGUGCAGUUCUAAAACGUUAGGAAUACUAGCACCAUUGACAAUCCCACCAUUGCAUAUUGCAUUUUUGUACUACUUUUGGCAAGAAUAUUCAAGAGACGUAGACAAACAGUAUUGUUCUUGUUCAUGUUGGGACACAGUAUUUAAGGGAUCAUAUGAGUCUGGCAUUGCUUCUUAUAAACAUAUGUAUUUUAAUGCCACAUCGAAUACUUUAAAAAUAUGGAUUACAAUUGUAAUUGGAGUUAUUACUUUCUAUGAAGUAGUGAAACAUUUAACAUGGCUAGCUUUUCAUAAUCGCCUUAGACUUUCUAUGAUGAUCCUUUUUUUAACUGCUAUUUUCUCACAUUACUAUACUUGGUGGGUUUAUAUGAAUUAUUGGAAUGAUGAGUUCUAUUCCCAAUGGUACCAUCAAUUGUUUUUCUCUGUCACUGAGCUGAUUUCUACUUUCCUGGUUGUUCAUCUGGCAGAUAAUAAAAAUCCAGUAACUCAUAGAAAAGCAUUUGGUAUAGCUGCAAUAGCUAUUUUACAUAUUUUAGCAGGUGGUUGGGAUCAAUUUGUUGCCAAUGUUUUCAGAGGAGAAGGACAUGCACAUCAGGUUGUACGUGAUCUUGGAUUUAUGAUCCCAGAUAUUCUUCAUGUUGCUAUUCCAUUAUGGACAGUUAAGUGGAAACAUAUAUAUCAUCUUCCUGGUUCUGCCAAACGAGAUCCUAGUAUCAAAAGAGAUCUAGCUUAUAUGUUGGGAAUGAUAUGUAUAGGAUUAUGCAUUUGUGCCAUAUUGUAAUUCAGUCAUUAUAAUGCCUAAAAAUAGUGUCUUAAAGAUAAAAUGAUUGUUUAAUUUAACUUAUUUUCUUAUACAAGUUUUGAAAGAUGUACAUCUAUAAAUGAAUAUUAUUGAAAAAAUAUAUAUGUACACAUAUACAGGCAGUGCAAAAGGUUUGGGGAAAAACUUCAGGAGCAUAUAGCACUCAUCAAAAAAAUCAAAAAGGUCUUAAUAAAUGUAGGUCCAAAAACUAUUAGUUUUGGAGUUACGAAAUGUUCUUGUCAAUAAGAUAUUAACUCCAUAGCAUAUGUUCAAUAUGCCACCUGUUUAUUUACACAUACAAACACACACACACUUGGGCACAUUUUUUCCUAGCACAUCAAUUACUGGCAUUUUUCUUAUCUCUUACAUUGGUUUACUAUAAAACUGUACUAUUAUACACUAAACAUCUCAUAAUUCCAAAGCUAAUGGUUUUUGGAUCCGUGUUUAUUAAGACCUUUUUUACUUGUUUUGAUGAGUACUAUAUACAUACCCCUAAAGUUUUCUCCAACUUUUUUGUACAUCUUGUAUUUAUAAAGCUUUAUAAUGCUUUUUAUGGUGCUGAUACUUUUGCUGAAAGAAAAUUUACUUACAAUUAGUCAAUUUAUUUUAAUAGAUUCCAUUACAAAGUGGUUCCCAUUAUUACUUAUACAAUGUUACACAUUUGAAGAGCUGUUAUCUUUCUAUGUUUUAUUUCAUUUUAUAUAUUCUUAACAUAUUGUAUAUGUGUAUAUAUAUAUAUAUAUAUACACAUAUAUCAACUAUAUAUAUAUAUAUAUAUAUAUAUAGUUGAAAAUGCCUACAAAGUACAAGUUGCUUACAAUAGGAAGGCUAUCCUUUUAGGUUGUUCGUUUCUUUUACGUUUGCAAAGUAGUUUAUCUUAUCUACUAAAACAAGAUAUAUUUUAGGUAUUAACAAAAAAGUAGUACAUGUAAGUAGAGAAAUUAUAAUUAAUCACUUAUAUCUUUAGCAUUGAAAUAAAUAUAUUUGUAGUUAUUCUUUUUCGAUAAUAAUUAAUAGUUAAUUAGUAAUAUUGAUUAACUAUUAAUCUUUGACAUCAGUGAAAUGUAUACUGUAACGAUAAGCGAACAACGAUAUUUGUCUAAAGAUGAGAUUGUGCACAUUUUUUUUGCCAUAAAAAUUGCUUUUUCUUGCUAUAUCUAUAAUAAUUAAUCAAUUUAAUAACGAAUUACUUAGAUCAGAAUAAAUUCCAAAGUAAGUAGUAGUAUACAUUGCCAUUUGAAACUUGCCUACUUUUUGAUAUUAACGAAUGUGUUCUUAAUUUAGAUAUAUUAGUCAUAAUAGUUAUAGAAGUUUAGUUUAGAUGCAAGGAGAAGGUCACUUUCUCGUUUUCAAAAUAUUUAUCAAUAUAUUUUUGUGAUUAUUGUUUGUGUAUAUUGUGUAUACCAGGUAAUUACAAAAUAUUGUUAUAGCUUUGCAGUGCUUUGCACAUUUAUUUAAUAUCGUGAUUAAAUAAAUGAGGAACAUUCAAGAUAAUACAUAUAAAUUAUAUCAACGAAAGGAACAUAUCAUACACAACGUUCGCGAUACGUUUCUUAAAAAUAAAAAUAAUUAUAAAAGAAACAAGGAAUAUAUAAUAUAAUUAUUGGCAGUUUUGAAGAGCAGUGCUCUUGUUAAGGAACAAGGCCACAACAAAGUGCCUACAUACAAUGCGAAUUAUUUUCGUUAAUAUCUCAUUGACUUAAUGUUAUUAUAAUAUACAAAUUGAUUCUACAGGUGAUAAUAGAUAUUGUAUAAGACUUUAAGAACCUUUUACAGAAACCAAUAAUGAAGUAACUAAUUUAAGAAUUAGUUUAUUUCAAAGUAAAAAUUAUUAAUAGUUGGCACUAUUCAUUGUUCUGCUGUAUUAGAGAGAAGAAGAAAUAUUUCAGGACUACAAAAAUAUAACUUAAUUUAAUCCAGUACCAUCCUCUCUGCUUGUAUGUUCCAUAUUUCAUAUUUAAAAAACAAAUUAAUAUUUGAAUUAGUUCAGAGACUUUUAUUUCAUUUUAUUUCUGUAUAAUGAUAACAUUAUACACAAUGAACGUUUAUUAUCGUAUUAUUUAGAGUUUAGUAGAACUCUUUUUGAAUAUAUACAACAUUGACUUUGUUUCAGUAGUAAUUGAAAUAUUCAUUAGUUCAAUGUUUUAUACUAACUAACUUGAGUGAUAUCUACUACACUGAUAAUUCUAUAUUUCUGCAUAUAUUAUACAAGUAAGGAAACAAAUUGAUUUUUUAAUGUUUAAAAGUAACUCUUAUUGAAAGUACUUACUGAAAUUACCUGUUAGUAUUUAUUUAUUCUCGUCAUAUCAAACAUUUGUGAUCAUAUCUCGUAAUAUCAUUGUUAAUAAUGCGGCCUAUAAUAUGAAAUUAUAUUUCUAAUAGUUAUUAAUUUAUUGUAUUAAUUUUAAAUGAGAAUCUAAUUUAUUUUAUUCUUGUGUACCUUUUGUAAAAAUUAGAUCGACCCAAUAUUUAUAUUGUAUUCGAAACAUAUUAGGAAUACUAUGAACGAAAUGUAAUAUCGUAUUUGAAAUUGUGGUUGAUGAAACAUGUAUAAAGAAAAUAAAAUUUACACAAAAGUUUGUUGUA